AUGACGUCGAGCAGGUCCUUCCGGGCUUCUAUAAUGCCCUCCAUGUUGCGUUCAAACACAGACCCUGAUUCUCCCUCUUCUCGUAAGAGUGUGAAAAAGUCAAACAACGCCGACCUUUCUCAUCUUCGAGGUGCAAACAUUGGCUCUUCAAAGUCCACCACAAACCUGCCUCAUCCCGGCCCCAGCUCCCAAGACGCAGACGCUGUACCACUACCACAGAACAACCGUCCUCGUUCCGCCGAGCAAAAGACUCUUCGUAAACGCAACGACUCAGCCCCAAAGGUUUCGUUGCCUAAAUCGCAGUCAACGACAAACCUACCUCCUGCAAAGGGCUCAAAUCGCAUGUCCAGAUUUUGGGGGAACCGACUUUCAUCCUUUUUACCGUCACUCGUUGUGCCCUCAGAGUCUUCUACAGCUUCUCCAACUACGUCAAAGUCUGCACCAACGCCCACGGCGCCUACCGGCUCCUCCGCUCCCGCUGCCGCCGCCGGUUCUCCUGCACCCACCAAAUCGUCAUCUCCCACGGAUACGUCAACCACCACUAAUACGGCUGGAACCCCUCCUACAACCGUUGACGACAGUGCCUCUUCCACAACGCCCAGCGUCAUCGAACCCACUCUCCGGAUGAAUAACGAUUAUCACGACGCCCUGGCAUACCAGGGCAAUGGUCAAUACCAGCCUCACCAAGGUGGUUCCCCACCAAGCCCGGACUCGAUCCCCACCCGCGGCAGCGACAGCCUUGAUGGUCAACUGAGUCCUAACCCCCAAAUCAUGGCCCCGAUUCCUCCAUCCCCGGAGGUUCAACGAGCGACAAUGAGCCCCCAGGAACCUAAUAUGCCGCCUCCUCCGAUUCCUAAUCCUCCUUCCGACGUUUCCAGCAGCGGAACCAGAAAAUUGCGAAAGGAAAACCCCGCUACUCGUCCAAGGAGCGGAUCUCUCCAGCACACGUCGAGCGGCUCAAACGGCGAUUCGAUCCAAGCGCUCAAGACCCGAACCACAUCUCCAAUGCCUGACCGCGGACGCCGCUCAUCUUCAGUUCAAUCCCCCAACAAUCGUGACAACAACAACACCAAGAGCCGCGUUGUUUCAACACCUCUAGCUAUCCGACCCAGCUCAUCCAAAGGUGAUGUCAGUCAGAGCCCAACGCGGGGUCGCAUCCGAAGAAGUUGGUUGCCUGGCGGAAGAUCCCGUUCCAACUCAAUUGAUGUCUCCAACGCAAACGCCUCAGCUGCGUGGGUUCUGUCCGACGAGACACAAGCUGAGUACAAUGCUUCGUUUCUCAAGAACGGAGAAAAGGUCCCAGAGCUUUGGAACGAAAGUGGAGCUGUGCUUGUUUACUUGUUUCCCAAGAGCAGUGGCUGUGGACCGUCAUUCAAGGUUCAAGAAUUCACCAUUAGCUCAUCCUGGGUCUUCAAUGAACUCAUCCAACGAGAGCGGGAGCCUAUGGGCAGGGACCGAACCAGAAGUUUCAGCGGCCGUCACAGUCUGACUGCCGAAGAUGCGAACCGAUACAUCUCGUUACCAACCUCUCCUCCUAUUCCUGACGAUGGAGCUGACGAUUGCCUCCACCUAUACCUCCCCACAGGAGCUCCCGGACAGGACACACAGCCUGACUUGGAGCGUCUAAUUGCCAUGCGCAACUUGUUUGCUUUCUUGACAGGACAGCCUCUUGUGGCCACCAAGGCUCGACCUUCCAACUUCCAUGCGUUCCUCGAAAUCUCUGGACUUUUGGAAGAGUACGGUUUCACAAGCUAUGACGGAACUACGUUUGGCGAUGCUGUUGACCUCAGCUUCGGCUUCUACAUGGACCAACACGCCCUUGCGGACUGCCGACACAGCCGGGAGAAGACAAUCGAAGCGCUGAUUCUGGGAGAGCGCAUGCGGUCGGCCGAUCUUUACAACGAAGCCUUUGCUCAUGCCGCGGGCAAGUACGCAGCUAUCCAGGAUCUGAAGCUUCCCUUGUUUGACCAGAUCUCGCAAAAGACACGUGUGAGCCUGGAACGCGCCCAUCUCGAUCUACUCAAUCGACAGCACAGCGCCAACAUGCAUCUGGAACAAUUCGACUUCCCUGCUCUGUUCUCCGGUAUUGCAAACUCCACCUCCAUGAUGGAGCUUAGAAGCGUUCGCUUCAAGGUGUGGAGGCAAUCAUUCACUAAAAUGCGGACCUUCGCCUUGCACUACUACAAGACCACGUUCGGAAACUGGCCACCCAAGGCUAGCAGCAAGAAGAACCCUUUCUCCGAGAGUGGACUUAACAGACUUGUCCUCAAGGUCCUGUACUCUGAUAUGUGUGCUCUCUACGAUCUGAUCGUCGAUCGCAACAAUCGAACAUCAAGAAUCAUGGACGAGGUUCCCGCCCUUUCCGACGAUCCCGACAGGAUGAUUGUGUCUGCUCUCCGAAAUAUCAUGUCCGAAUUCGAUCGUUCCAAGCCACCUGUGCUUCCUCCUAUUCCUUACGAUUGCCCUCAGAUGCCUUCGGCGACAUCAAUUUUGGAAACAUAUGAUACGCUCUCUCCUAAGAAGCAGGCCAAGUUCGACAAGAACAUCAAGGAGCACGAGCUUAUGCUCAUGUUGAACAAGGCCUACAACUACGAUACCAACGCCACGAAGGUUCCUUUCCUGGAUAAGUUCAAGGAAUUCGAGCUUCGUGAGGCUCGUGGCAAAACCCCCCAGGACUUUGCUGACCAGCGUAUUGGUUACUGGCUAUUCCUAUAUGUCGUGAUUCAGUCGCUGCCUGUCCUUGUUGUCGAUGCUCCAGGCAUGCAGUUCACUGAGGGUGUUGAGUACUUCCUUUGCGAGCCUCCUUUGGGCAACCCGCCUUGGGUUCCUGAUCAGCAAGUUAAGAAGAUGUGGUACGAGGUGGCUGGUGGAGGUGGUUUGGUCGAACUUUCUCAGGAUGCCGUGCUCUUUAGUGUAGAGGCUACGUACCACCGAAGUCAUUGUUGGUUGGCCGCUACUCAGUGGGAGACUGGUGGUUUGGGAAUCUCCGCGCAAGCAACAACCGAACCCUCGCUGUCACCCUUACAGCCACCACGAUCCAUGUUCUUGGAUAACGACGAUUUCAUGCCCACACCGCCCCCAUCUUUCGGCAACGGCUACAACACUCCCCCUUCUCCUAUCGGAAGUCCUUCAGGCUCUCUGCGACCUCGAACACACUCUCCAGGUGGAAACCGAGCCAACCAAGCCUGGCGAUCAAGUAUCGCGUUGGGUCUGGAGCCGGUACCCCUUCAGCCGCCAAGCCCAUUCGGAGAGCGUAGCAGCUCCCUUGGAGGACGCCCCCCCAGUCUCAUGAUGGGCUCUCGAAACUCGUCAAUGGGUAACUUGGCUGCCCUCGGCCACGCUGGUUACCCUCAAACGGAGUCACCGCCUCCUGAGAUGACUGGCGCGACCUUCGAUGACAUCCUGCGCAGCGAUGCCAAGAAGAAGGAAAAGAAGAAGAGCCGAUUUUUCUAG